AAUCAGGGUGUGGAUCUGGGUCAGGAUCUGAGUCAGGAUCUAUGUCAGUAUCUGAGUCAGAAUCAGGGCCGGGAUCUGUCUCAGUAUCUGAGGCAGGUUCAGGGCUAGAAUCUGGCUCAGGAACUGAGUCAGAAUCUAGGUCAGGAUCAGAAUCAGGGUCGGGAUCUGGCUCAGGAUCUGAGUCGGAUUCUAGACCAGGAUCUGAGUCAGAAUCAGGGCCGGGAUCUGGCUCAGGAUCAGGGUCUACAGGUGAUCUGGUGAAGGAUCUAGAAUCAGUGGUCUUCAGAAGUGAAAAAGUUCUUCCUAACAAUGUAACCAGUGAUGUUUUGAAUAUGAAUGGGACUCUGGAGGUUAUUCUGGAUUCAAAGCCGCCUCUUGCUAACAGUAGCAUCAAUGCUUCUGGCCCAUCGUGUCUCCCGGUGCCCUCUGAUUGGCCGAUUUGCGCGGGCAAACGGCCAGAGUUUUUCAUUCUGCCUAACUUUCUCAACCACACAUCUGUGGAAGAGGUGGGGGCGUUCCUACAUAAGUGGGCGUGGCUGUCGAGGAACAAGUGUCAUCAUGGCACACAGUGGUUCCUCUGCCUCCUGCUGGUGCCCAGGUGCCCGUCGCCCCAUGUUCCCAUGCACCUGCCCUGUCGCAGCUUCUGCCACGUUCUGCGGGACAGCUGUUGGGCGUCCCUGGAAAACGGGAGUCUCCCAGUGGAGUGUCACCUCCUGCCCGAAAGAUCACAGGAGCCCACAUGCGUAUCAGUUAGUAACUGGAAAGAGGAGAGUGGCAUCUCCUUGCUUCAGCUGAUAGGAGACCCUCCACCAAAUGCGAUCAUCGGGGUGAGUGGGCCGAGGGGGGAGCCCGCUUAUGCCUUUACCCCUGGGGCUGUGUCGGGACAACCGGCUUUGGCCCACUUCCCCAACCCGUUCUACCGCCACUUCUCCCUCACCUUCCACAUCAAGCCCACCACUUCUGCUGCCUCUGUCCUCUUCUCCAUCACUGAUGGGCCUCAGAAGAUCAUGUAUGUUGGGGUCAAGCUCAGUGAGGUGAAGUCCGGCCGCCAGACCGUGCAGUUCUUCUACACUGAGCCCGACUCUGAGGCUUCAUAUGAGGCGGCCAGGUUUGAGGUGCCGAGCUUGGUGAACACCUGGAGUCGCUUCUCGCUGUCCAUCUUUGAGGAGGUGGUGACGUUCUACCACGGCUGUGACUCUGAGCCACAGUUGGUGAAGUUUGAGCGUUCCCCGGACCCAAUGGAGCUGGACCCAGGAGCGGGGAUCUUUGUGGGUCAGGCAGGAGGAGCUGAUGUUGACAAGUUCCAGGGGCAGAUUGCAGAGCUCAAAGUGGUGGGAAACUCUCGGGCAGCUGAGCGCCUGUGCGAUGAUGAGGACGACUCUGACGCUGCUUCUGGAGACUUUGGCAGUGGUGACGGUGAAAGGAGACAAACAGGACACACUGUGAAGACCACCUCUGCACCUUUCCGUCCAGUACCCGAGCCACCACUGAUCUCCUCAGAGGGAACUAGACUCAAAGAAACAGACGUCAGGUAUCAGCUGCCAUCAGUGGACUACAGCCAGUCUGGAUCACCAGGCCCUAGAGGUCCCGGUGGUGCUAAAGGUGAGAAAGGUGACCGUGGAGAGAAAGGCUUAAAGGGUGACUUAGGUCCUGCGGGGCCGAAGGGAGAGUCAGGAUUCAGCAUUGGCUCUGGGGUCUCCUCUCAGGGUGGAGAAGGCGGACAGAAGGGAGAAAAGGGUGAAAAGGGCAGUUCUGGCUUCGGAUACCCCGGCAAAAAAGGAGAGCGCGGGGCACUGGGGCCUUCUGGGCCCCGCGGUCCUCCCGGGCCUGCAGCUGAGGUUGUCCGACUCGGGGACGGCUCUGUCGUGCAGCAGGUGUCUGGACCUCCUGGUCCUCCUGGACUGCCAGGGUUGGAUGGCGCCAUAGGACCUGCAGGAGCUGAUGGGGAGCCUGGUGAUCCAGGAGAGGAUGGAAAAUCUGGUCCUGCUGGGCCACCAGGUCUCCCAGGAAAUUCUGGAACACCUGGUACCAAAGGUGAAAAGGGUGAUCGUGGGGAGGGUCAGCCUGGAGCCAGAGGACCACCAGGUCUACCAGGACCUCCUGGACCUAGCAGUGGCGAUCGCCCAACAUUUGUGGACAUGGAGGGCUCAGGAUUCCCAGACUUGGACAAAUUCCGGGGUUUCCGUGGUCUUCCUGGUCCCCCUGGCCCCCCUGGACCUCCGGGGAUCCCUGGUACCUCAGUAGCACUUAGUCCCGAUGGUCCCAUAGCCUUUGGACCUCCUGGACCACCUGGACUAGAUGGAGCCCCUGGUCUGCCAGGUCCUCCUGGUCUUCCUGGUGCACCAGGUCAACCUGGACUCAGUGGACCGAAGGGUGACAGUGGAGAGCUGGGUCUUCCUGGAACAGCUGGCGAGAAGCAAAACACGCAGGACUCCAACUUUCUCACGGGCCUAUUCUCUUACUUUACUCCAUCCUCUACGGGUUCUCCUGGGGACCCAGGACAGACAGGUGUAACAGGGCAAACUGGGCUUGCAGGGCUUCCAGGUCCCAUGGGACCAGUUGGUCCUCCAGGACCUCCUGGACCACCGGGGCCACCACACCGAAUUGGCUAUACUGACCAGGAUGGAUAUGAUAUGACCAAUGGCUUGCCUGGACUUGCAGGCCCACCUGGACCACAGGGUCCACCUGGUAUCGCAGGUUUACCCGGUAAACCAGGUUUACCAGGCAACCAUGGAGAAAAAGGAGUAGAGGGACCAAGAGGACCGACUGGGUCAUCAGGCUUAGACGGAUUCCCUGGGCAGCCUGGUGAAAGGGGAGACAGAGGAGAGAAAGGCGAAAGGGGUCUGCCAGGGCGAGAAGGUGGACCAGCUGGACCUCCAGGACCUCCCGGACCUCCAGGAGAGAUCGUCUACCAGACAGGAGAUUAUAACGAAGCAUAUUGGACCGAAGGGGGGCAGGGACCUGGUGUUCCAGGUCGAGCUGGAUUCCCGGGACCUGUUGGACCCAAAGGAGACAAAGGAGAUGAAGGUCCUCCAGGAUAUGCAGCUAAGGGACAGAAAGGUGAGCCUGGUAUCAUCAUGGGACCUGAUGGGACACCGAUGUUCCUGGGUGGCCUUGCAGGACAGCCGGGUGAGAUGGGACCUUCUGGUCCUGUUGGACCUCCAGGCCCAGUUGGACCUUCAGGCCAGAAGGGAGAGAUUGGGUUUCCAGGAAGACCGGGGCGACCUGGCCUGAAUGGAGUCAAAGGAGAGAAGGGAGAUUCGAGAGGUGGAUCUGAAUAUCCAUAUCCUGGUCCUCCAGGUCCACCAGGCCCUCCAGGACCUCCUGGACCUCCUGCACCCAUCAACAGACUCGGAGUACAUGAUCAUUACUCCAGAUACUACCCCGCUGUCAAAGGAGAGAAAGGUGAUCGUGGAUUACCCGGGCUACUUGAAAUACCAGGUAUUGGGUCCAGAUAUGACAUUCACACAUUAAGGAAUGAGUUGAAAGGUGAACCUGGAAUGAAAGGAGAGAAAGGAGAAUCGGGAGGAUAUUAUGACUCGCGCUAUGGAGGGAGUGGAGCUCCAGGAGUUCCUGGACCUCCAGGACCUCAAGGUGACUCCAUUGUUGGCCCACCAGGCCCUCAGGGGCCACCUGGUCCACCUGGAAGAGGCUACGAUGGGCGGCCAGGGGAACCCGGGCCACCUGGACCUCCUGGACCCUCUCUGUCCGGUACCUACAGGGGCACACAGACUAUCAAUAUUCCUGGGCCUCCGGGGCCACCUGGAGUACCAGGACUACCUGGACACUCUUCUGGGGUAACGGUGUUGAGGACUUAUGACACCAUGACGGCCACUGCUAGAAGACAACCUGAAGGCUCUCUGGUCUACAUUUUAGACCAAACAGAUCUGUACUUGCGUGUCCGAGAUGGAGUUCGUCAAGUCCAGCUUGGGGGCUACAUUGCUUUGCCCAGAGAGGAUGCUAAUGAGAUUGCAGCUGUGCAGCCCCCACCAGUCGUCCCCUUCUCCCCAGAUCACCACACCAACACCGACUCUCAGAGUCCACCUGACAGUCGCGCACAGCCCAACGUGCACCAUACGACACACACAGAUCCUCGACAUGCAUCCAACCCUGAAACGAGAUACCCAACUCAUCCUGAACCACAGCCUCACCCUGACCCACAGCAUCACCCUGACCUACACCCUCAACCUGACCCACGGCCUGAUCCUGAACCACAGCCUCAUCCUGACCCACGGUAUCAGCCCGAUCCACGGUAUCAGCCCGAUCCUCGGUAUCAGCCUGAUCCGCGGUACCCUGCACCAACAGAUCCAAGAUAUCCAAGUUACACAGAGCGAAUAAACCAUCCAGACGGUAGGUUUUCCGUCCAUACCGCCCAUGAACGCCCAACGUAUCCAGACGGUCGCUAUGCUGUCACACCUCAACGAAGACAGCCUCCACCUGUGCCCCAUGUUCCAGUCCAUCAUCACACUUCAGGUCCAGGUCUCCACCUUAUCGCCCUGAACAGCCCCCAGACAGGCUCCAUGAGGGGGAUCCGCGGUGCAGACUUUCUGUGCUUCACCCAGGCUCAGGCCAUCGGGAUGAAGGGAACAUUUCGGGCCUUCCUGUCCGCCAGACUACAGGAUCUCCACAGCAUCGUGCGCAGGGCAGACAAGGACCGUAUGCCAAUUGUCAACCUAAAGGAUGAGCUUCUGUUUGACAACUGGGAUGCCAUUUUCAACGAUGGCAAAAUGAAGGAUAAUGUGCCAAUCUACUCCUUUGAUGGCAAAAAUGUCCUCACUGACAACACAUGGCCAGAAAAGAUGAUGUGGCAUGGGUCGACCAGUAGUGGGCAGCAGUACGUCGACGGCUACUGCGAGACGUGGCGUGUGAGCGACCGGGCACGGACUGGGAUGGCGUCUUCGCUCCAGAGCGGCAACCUCCUCGAGCAGAGCUCCAGCAGCUGCUCCAGCUCUUACGUUGUGCUGUGCAUUGAGAAUAGCUACAUCGGUCACGCCAAGAGAUAGAGAUACACACACACACACACACACACACACACACUCCAUAUGCAGUGCCUUGUAAAUAUUUUUUUUCUAAUAAUAAUGACUUAAUGUUUGUUAGCUGAUCUAACAUGGUGCUCUUCAGGAUGAAACCACAUGUUGAACCUAAGUUAAACUCAGGUGACACACACUAACACUCCCUCUGGCAGCCACGUAGGUUGCCAGAACCUUUUUAAUCUAGUGCUUUCUUUUGUGUUUGUGAUUUGUCAGCACAUAUGCUGAUACAAAACAUGAUUCUUGCUGGCAAAGUUUACAUUUAUCCAGGUGUUGAUAUUUUAAUCCCCAAAGCAAUGGAGGUUAAGUGAGUUCCUUAUAUGAACUAUACAUGUUUUGAAAGUAGAUUUCAAAUCUUCAGACGCUAUGUUUAACUGCAUGGGAAGGUGUGAACUUUAACAUGUUGACAAGACAUUAUGAAAUUAAACAACAAUAGCAUUCAGUUAAAAAUAUUUUGUCACAAAAAACAGUUGCAUUCAGUUCAGUUUUCUCACUCAAAUCAAGAUUUUUUAGGUAAUAAUAAAAUAAUAAUAAUUUAUUUAUAUCAAUGCAACCCAACAUGCUUUACACAGUCAAACAAUAACAAACAAGCAAUUAAACAGAAAAAGCUAUCAGUCUAAUAAAAUACAAAAAACCAAGUAGAUACAGUUGAAAAGCCAUUUGAAAAAGGGCGAGUCUUUUGUUUCUUUUUCUUUUCUUUUAUUAUUAUUCCAUUAAAAACAUAAAAAUAGAAAGCAGCCUCGCCAGAUUUCUUUUCAGAUACUAAGGAAAAUCAGUUGAGGACUUUUUGUUGGGACAUAGUAUUCUAUACUUAGUAUUCUAACAGUCUAAACUGUUUUAUAUUCUUUAAAUUGUAGAACUCAAUCACAUGGUCUUUUAAGAUAUUUUGGAAAUGUUCUUUUCUAAAUGACACACGUACAUUCCUAAGAAAUUUUUAUACGAGGUGAAUGAAAUAUUGUGGGACCCACCACUGUCAUCAUUCAUUGAAAUGUUGCCCUGGUUACUGCAGAAUUUCCUUCCUCUGACAUGAAAAUGUGCUCCUCAAGUGUCUGAAAAACAGUGUUAAAACCUUUGAAACAAGGUUUCCUGUGUCUUAAAUACCACAUUUCCUGAUCUUUAUAAAAUGUUGUUUUUCACUUUGAAAUGUGCAACUGUCUUCAGCAUCCAUGAGUUAUGAAAUGUUUUUUUUCUUUUUAAUUUCUUCUCCUAUUCAUUGAUGUUACCCUUAACCCACGUUACACCGUUGCGUGGGAUGUUAUUUUCAAAUCGUAUUUUUAGCAAUAACAAAGGGAUAUUUAUUUUUUAUAGACUGCUUUUUUUCUUGUUCAGCUACAAUGUGUUUCCCAGACAUUUCCUAAUAUACAGUACUUACAGCUAAUGUGCAAAAUCCCACACAAAGCUGAUUACUAUGUGUUAUACUCCUAAGAUUACAGUUUCAGUUUCCCACUGAUACAAAGUUUGUGCACAUACAAAUAAAAUUAAUGUACAGAGACCUGGAAAGAAUUCAGCCAUAAUUGUUUUAUGCACUGGUGCUUGUUUGUUGUUUUGCUUUGAAAUUAGAGAGCAGAACAGGAGAAGGGAGCUUAUUGUUGGCCAAAACCAAACGUCAUGUAUUAGCCGAGCCAUAAACAAAUCAAUUUACGUGUGUAUUAACUCCUGUAGAAUUCAGUCCGUCUCCUUUGUUAUGUGAGCAACUUUCCUGAAAAGCUGCGUCUCAGUGAAUAAACCAAUGAGGAAUUGUGAGAUGUGA